CCGCCACAAAAUCAGACUGACAUCCUCACUGACUCCCUCGCUCAGUAAUUAUCAGCCUCUUCCUCCUCCACUGAAGUCAAGUAGGUUGGUGGAAAAGGCAUUACGUUUGGUUCCUCUCUUGUUAUAGUUAAGGGUUUGUUCAAUGGGAAAAAUAGAUCAUCAAAGGGGUGAACGCAGACUUCCACCAUCCCCAAAGGUAUCACCUUGGCUUGUUAUCCCACAUGGCAAAGAUAGUAAGUUUCAAGCUUUUUAUAACAUAUGUGCUGAUGAUCAAUUAAACAAGAGAUGUUCAAAAAAAGUUUAUACCAGAAUUAAGUAAAAGGGAUUUUCGGCAGAAAAAUUGUCAUCAAGGAUGGUUAAUUGUUCUUUGUCAUGAUACUACUGAUCCUAUUUAUGGAGAUUGUUUACUUUGGAAUCCUCAAACACUAGAUACCGUUCAAUUACCUUCUCUGUUGGAUUAUUAUGAAACAGACGAUAAAUAUUGGCUCAAAGAUUGUAUUUUGACUUCACCUCCUCAGAUCAACACCACCAUCAGAAGCGACAGUAGUAGUACCAGUAGUGAUGGUUAUAACUAUGAUAAAGAUUCCAUGGUUUAUUUACUUUUUGAUGGAGGUCACAAUAAUGUUGUUUGUACUGACGUUCUUUUAUUUUGCCACCCCGGUGAAAAAGAAUGGAGAAGGCAUGAGCUUAAUGUAUCAGAAGAACCAAAAACGAUGUUGUAUCUCAAAAAUAAGUUACAUAUAAUGUGCUUCAACCCUGUCUACUAUGUGAUAGAAGUACAAAGUGGGUCUGAUAUGGAUGAUGAAGAAACCGUCUCAGUAGGUGAUGAACUCAUUGUUAGCCCAGACAGCAUUCCUGUAACGGAAUCAGGAACUGGAGGUAUGCUUCGAACUGUUGAGCAAUAUUGUCUGGAGUCUUUUGGUGAGGUCUUCCGAAUUCGGAAAUGGAGCAUCCGUAGAGACUUGGGAUUUUCAAAAGGUUGUAUGUAUUUUACGCAAGACGAAGAAAUGAGCUUGUACAAAUAUGACUUGGAAGAUCAAAGUAUUUUGCUUUCUUUACCAUGUCCUGAUCUACCAACGCCGUGGUUCCAACCUGAAUGGUUGAUGAUUACUGCAACCCCAAGGGUCGAUGAUAAAAGACAAAUGUCAGACUGUAUUUUGGGAAAGGUCGAAGACAUGGACAAAGUUAUAAAGGUAACUGAAAACAUACCUUGUGUAGCUUGGGAUGGUGAGAAAGAUGGUAUUGGAGAAGCAAAACUAGGGAUGCUUGCGAGUGAUGAUUUCGUGUGGUCGGUGUCUAACCAUGUUCAUACAUUGGAUUACAUUCGCUUACGUGCAGUGAGUAAAAGAUACCGUGCGAUAAUGAGUCUCAAAAGACCCUCUUCUGCUAGAACUAUCCGGGCCCCGUAAUAAAUAUCCCCAUGGCUGGUGUUUUCUACGGUUGAUCCCUACAUCUUCAGUUUUGUUAACCCAUUGCAUAAUAAUGAAAAAUACCAGAUUAAUAUCCCUGAGAUGUGUAAAGGUUCUAGGAUUCGUUUUUCGAAAGGUGGGUGGUUGCUCAUGUCAAAUGGUCUGAAAUUGCUCUUCCACAAUCCCUUCACGAGAUGCAGCAUCAAACUUCCAGACUUGCCAGAAAAUGACGGUCUAUUCUCAGGUAUCUCAUUCUCGUCCUUGCCGGCUUCUUCAGAUUGCAUGGGUUUUACCUUCUGUAAACCAUUGGGUGAUAAUGUAUCGAUCUUCUUCAUUAAACGGGGAGAAGAACAAUGGAGGUAUGGUUCUUUUGAUGGUACUUAUUUAGCUCCAGAUAAGAAACUCGUAGAGUUUGACACUGGUUUGAACAAUCCAGUUUUCUACAAUGAAGCAUUUUAUUGCUUAGACUUGAAUCGGAACUUUAGGAGUAUCUAAACAAGAGAAUGGGGUUAUUAGUUGGGAAAUUUUAGCCAUGGUACCCCGGCCUAAUUAUGAGUUUAUCUAUGAGAGUUACUUGGUGGAGUGGGAAGGAAACCUUUUGUGUGUGUUGUUAGGGCAUUUGGGGAAAUGGGUUCGUAUUUUCAGAUUGAACAACACUAAAAUGGUUUGGGUUGAAGUUGCGAAUUUGGGGCGGCAUAUGUUGUGUAUUAGCAAUACAUUUUGUAUCUCUGCAGUUGCUCCGACUAGUCAAAUGGAGAACAAAAUCUACUUUGCCAGGUUGCAUGAAGAAAGGGUACUCUACUAUUCUCUUGAUACAGGUACGUAUCACUGCCUCGGAAGUAGACAUUGUGCUAAAGAUUAUCGGGAAUCAAAGGAGAUGUUAUGCUGCAGUUGGAUAGAACCUAAUUGGUCACAGAGCUCAAAUCAUUUUCUUAACUGGCUUAGCGUUUAGAAUUAGACAGGAGUACAUUAAAAGUAUGGAAAUGUGUAAUCUUUUGUUAAUAAGAUGGAAAUGAGAAAAUUGGGUUUAUAGGAAUGAAAAAGAAUAGAAUG